AUUAUAGUCUUUUUUUUUUUUUUACUAAGAAUUAUGAUAGUCCUUUUUCUUUUGACUAAGAAUUAUUAUAGUCCUUAAUCCUUAUUAAUGACUAUUGUAACUUAUCUUAUCUCCUAGUCAACAUGUCUUGUCCUCAUCAUUCUUUGAUUUUUACUAUAAAUAUGAAUUGAUAUAAUCGUUUUCUAUCAAACAAACACAUAAUCAGCACAAACAAAAUGGUUACUAGAAAAACUUCACUAUUACUAUUUCCUUUCUUUUGCAUUACUUUUAGUGUCAUUUUAUACCAAACCGUUGCAGAUGAUAUACCAAAUGGACAAGUUGGUUAUGGCUACACUGUCACAACAGUAAACACUGAUCCAACAGGAAAAUCUUUGACUGCUGACCUUAAACUCAUCAAUUCCUUCGAUGUUUAUGGACCUGACAUUCCACUCCUCACACUCACUGCCAGUUUUGAGACUAAGGAUAGAUUAAGAGUAAGAAUCACUGAUUCAAAGAAUCAAAGAUGGGAAAUUCCACAAGAAGUGAUUCCAAGAAAAUCAUCAUCUCAAUCUCACUCUUUUUUGUUACCACAAGAUACUCAAAACACAACAGAACACACAAUCACACAUCCAAGUUCAAGCCUUGUCUUCACACUCCACAGCACAACCCCAUUUGGUUUCACCGUCACACGAAAAUACUCGAAAGAUAUAAUCUUUAACACUAUACCAGAUAACUCUAACCCCGAGACUUUUCUCGUGUUUAAAGAUCAGUACUUGCAACUUUCUUCCUCUCUACCUGCAAACAGAUCUUCUCUGUAUGGUAUUGGGGAGCAUACAAAGAAAUCUUUCAAGAUACAACCAAACCAAGUUUUGACCCUUUGGAAUGAAGAUGUUGGUAGUUCCAAUGUUGAUAUGAACACUUAUGGCGCUCACCCUUUUUAUUUGGAUGUGAGAAAAACUACUUCAUCUGAUGGAAUAUUCAAAAAUGGAACUACACAUGGUGUUUUGCUUCUUAAUAGUAAUGGAAUGGAUGUUUAUUACACCGGUGAUCGUAUUACUUAUAAGGUGAUCGGUGGUAUUUUUGAUUUGUAUUUUUUCGCUGGAUCAGCUCCGGAAUCGGUUUUGGAUCAGUAUACUGAAUUUAUCGGUAGGCCUGCUCCUAUGCCUUAUUGGUCUUUCGGUUUUCAACAGUGUAGAUAUGGCUACAAAGAUGUAAAUGAUCUGACAGAAGUGGUAGCCAACUAUGCAAAAGCUAGUAUACCACUUGAAGUUAUGUGGACAGAUAUUGAUUACAUGGAUGCAUAUAAAGAUUUCACACUUGAUCCUGUUAAUUUUCCACAAGAUAAGAUGAAAACUUUUGUUGAUACUCUUCACAAAAACGGUCAGAAAUAUGUCGUUAUCGUCGAUCCAGGUAUCAGUACAAGUAGUACAUAUGAAACAUUCAAUAGAGGUUUGAAAGCCGAUAUUUACAUAAAGAGAAAUGGAACCAAUUAUCUUGGUAAAGUUUGGCCUGGUGAAGUUUACUUUCCUGAUUUUAUUAAUCCUAACAGCAAAAAAUGGUGGAGUGAAGAAAUCAAGUUAUUUAAAGAUAUUCUUGAUUACGACGGUCUUUGGCUUGACAUGAAUGAGAUAGCAAGUUUCAUGACUUCUAGUUCUGAUCCAAAUUCUACACUUGAUAAUCCUCCUUACAAAAUUCAUAGUACAGGAGGUCAACGUCCAAUUAUCGAGAGAACAGUUCCACCAACAGCUUACCAUUAUGGUAACAUCACUGAGUAUGACGCUCACAAUUUGUUUGGAUUCUAUGAAUCCAAAGUAACUAACGAGGCCUUAGUGGAUUUAUUUGGUAAAAGGCCGUUCGUUUUGAGUAGAUCAACUUUUGUCGGCUCUGGCAAGUAUUCGGCUCAUUGGACAGGAGAUAAUGCUGCUUCAUUUAAUGACUUAGGAUACUCAAUCCCAACAAUAUUGAGCUUUGGCCUCUUUGGUGUUCCUAUGGUUGGAGCAGAUAUAUGUGGCUUCCAAGGAAACACAAAUGAAGAACUUUGUCAGCGUUGGAUCCAGUUGGGGGCCUUUUACCCGUUUUCGAGAGAUCAUUCAGAUAAAAACUCCAACAGGCAAGAGCUGUACCUUUGGGAUUCUGUUGCAGCAUCCGCACGAAAAGUGCUCGCCCUUCGUUACCGCCUUCUUCCACAUUUCUACACGCAAAUGUAUCAAUCAAAUCAAAAAGGGACACCUAUUGCGCGACCACUUUUCUUUUCAUUCCCCGAGGAUACUAAUACAUAUGAAAUAAGCUCACAGUUUCUAAUCGGAAGAGGUGUUCUCGUCUCACCUGUGGUAGUGGCCGGUGCGGUAACCGUUGAUGCAUACUUUCCUAAAGGAAAUUGGUUUGAUCUCUUUAAUCUCACGAAAUCGGUGGUUGCAGAAACUGGAAAGUAUGUCACACUUGAUGCACCAGCUGAUCACAUAAAUGUGCAUCUUGGUGAAGGUAACAUUUUACCCUUACAAGGUGAAGCAAUGACAACCGAAGCGGCCCGGAAAACACCGUUCGAACUAUUGGUUGCUUUUGGUAGCAAUGGAAAAAGUUAUGGAAGAGUUUAUUUGGAUGAUGGUGAGUCUUUGAAUUUAAGAGAUAAAGAGCAAUGGACACUUGUGGAAUUCUAUGGUGAAUUGCAAAAUAACACAGUUUCUGUUACUUCCAAUGUUACUAAUGGAAAAUUUGCUGUGGAUCAAAAAUGGAUUAUUGAAAAAGUUACUUUCUUGGGGAUACCUAAGAGUGGUAACUCAUCUCAGUUUGAUAUUAAAGAAGUUGCAAAUUUGACACAGCUUAUUGGAGAGCAAUUUAAGAUUGAGAAGCCAAUUGUGUAAUGUCAUUUUUUGUAACAGAAAUAUUUUGACACAGUACUUGUCACAUUUCAUAAAAAUUUGUUUGUCAGUUUUUAGUUUCUAAUAUGUAACUUCAAUCGCUUAUUUUUUAAGCGUAACUUCUAAUUAAUGUUAUGUUCAACCGUCUUAAACUAUUAUUCUCCACUUUGUUAUUA